GCAGCUGUUUGUCUGUUCGACACGGGCCCGGGCCGGACGGGGGAGACGGAUCCCCAGGACUGUUGAAGCCUAGACACCCCCUCCCCUCCCCCUCCCCCCUGUGCCGCUUUGUGGCAUCCCCCCUCCCUCUACCCUUUCCCACUCUGAUCAUCUAGCCAUGACCAGCAGAAGCACAGCCAGGCCCAAUGGGCAGCCCCAGGCCAGCAAAAUAUGCCAGUUCAAAUUGGUCCUGCUGGGUGAAUCUGCAGUGGGGAAGUCUAGCCUGGUAUUACGUUUUGUGAAGGGGCAGUUCCAUGAGUACCAGGAGAGCACAAUUGGAGCGGCCUUCCUCACGCAGUCUGUCUGUCUAGAUGACACAACAGUCAAGUUUGAGAUCUGGGACACAGCGGGGCAGGAGCGCUAUCAUAGCUUGGCCCCCAUGUACUACAGAGGUGCCCAGGCUGCCAUUGUGGUUUAUGACAUUACUAAUCAGGAAACUUUCGCCCGAGCGAAGACAUGGGUAAAAGAGCUACAGCGGCAGGCCAGUCCCAGCAUCGUGAUUGCCCUGGCGGGGAACAAGGCAGACCUGGCCAACAAGCGCGUAGUGGAGUAUGAAGAGGCCCAGGCGUAUGCAGAUGACAACAGCUUAUUGUUUAUGGAGACUUCAGCCAAGACAGCUAUGAACGUGAACGAUCUCUUCCUGGCAAUAGCUAAGAAGUUGCCAAAGAGUGAACCCCAGAAUCUGGGGGGUGCAGCAGGCCGAAGCCGGGGUGUGGAUCUCCAUGAGCAGUCCCAGCAGAACAAGAGCCAGUGUUGUAGCAACUGAGGGGGUGGCUAGCGUCAACAAAUAUGGAGCUAGCACGAGAGCUAAGAAAUAACCUCCAUCCCCACCCCUCAGCACACAGUCCCUAUGGUAACAGCACAGAGCCCUGGCUCCCAAGGGCUGCCUCCUGACAGCUCUGUCAUGGCACUUUUUAACGCUUCAGCAACCAACACCAGGCAGCUGUUGCCGUUGGCCUCCUACCCCGGCUUAUGGGGCUUGGGGGGUCGGAUCCCCCAGGACUUAACUUCCGAAACAAACUUUCUUCACUUUGUAUUAUAGGUACAAGACAGUGUCCUACUUACCUUUCUCCUUUUCCUCAUUCUUUCAGAAAACAUUUUUUGUCUCCUGCCCCUUCUGCUUUUGGUCAGUCCCUAUUCUUGACACCCUUUUCCUCCUCUCCCCAGGAUGGAGAAGGUGGUGAAUCCAGAAACUGAGGAAGGAGGUUUCCAGUUCAGUCACAGUAAGGGCCCUGGGGGAGCAGGAAGGAGUAAGGAAACAUUUGCUUUUUAAUUUUAUUUGGUUGAAGUUUCUCAUUUUUGAAAACACUGUAGUGUCCAUGAGGUGGCCUUGUGCAGAGUGUUUCUAGGUAGAGGUGAGACAGGGAAGGCGUGCUCAUGGGUGCCAGGUGGGAGUCCAGUUGUUAGCUGACUGGGUAGAGGUGGAGGAGGUGGAGAUGCACUGUCAUCAGUGGCUCUGGAACUCUUCCGAAGCCUAGUUUCCCCUCACCCAGCCUCUUAGGUAGCUUCUCCCCCAUAGUGGGGGAGACUCUGGACCCCAGAGUCCUCCAAAGAAUCUUCACUGGUUGCCUGCAUCUUUGGCUCUGCUGUGAUCUAAUUGGGGGAGGGGCCAGUUUCUGAUACCCAUCCUCUGAUUUAUUAUACAUAUGCGUCUUUUUUUCUCUCUGGCCUUUAGUUGGCCUCAGCCCCAGCCACUAUGUCCCCCUGCAGUUUGCACUUUAAUUAAUUGAUGGUGGUUCAGUUGGGAUACAUGUUGAAUGGGGGUUUUGAUUGACUCACCUGCCCUCUCACCUUUUUAAUUAAGUGGAACCCAAGAAGUAUAUGUGGUUUGGGGAGGGGCUAAAGAGAAUAUAGUACCAGUGGCAGCUACUCAAACCCAAACUUCACUGCUAGCUUCCUCCAACUCUGAUUUGUAACCUAUGUUGUUGCCAACCUAGCUCUUGGGUAGAGGUUUGCCUUUCCUGGGGAAUGAACAGAGCAACUGGACAGUGGUCUCGGGAUAGCACAAGCCCUGGAAGGGGAGUGAGGAAGGAAGAGUUUUCUGUCUUUUCCCAGGUUGCACAUUCAAUUUGUGUCACUCAUUACCAUUUCGUGUCUAUCUCCUUGUAAAUAAGUAUAGCCUUUAUUCCCACUGUACAGUCUGUUCUGCCCCCCAUUUCCCAUCAGGCCCUAUUUUUUUUUCCUCCUCUAUUAAUAUCUUCAGUUUAGACUCUCCGUCCUUAUUCCCAUGCCCACCCUUUAUACGACCAGUGGUUUAAUCCACUAGGGGCUAAUACCACAGAAGCCGACUUACGGCCCCCUCAUAUUAUACCACCUGUUCCUGCAGACAGGGAAUGACUAGCACUAAAGGUCCCUCAUAGAUGCCUCAUAUCACCAGAGGACAUCUGUCCUUUCUAGGUCUUUAACCUCUCUUCACGCCCCUCAUCAGGUCUUUUAGGAUGUCUUUGGGAAGCCAUCAAGGCAAGAAAGAACUCUUCAGCUCCUUCUUGUUCCAGCCCAGAGUUUUGGAAAAUAAGAACAGCCACAGUGACCUAGGAUUGGAAUCUUUCUGCCCUUUUGGCAAACAGACAUUCUUCUGUCCCUGGGUAGCUGAGAAAUCCAUGAAGCUGAGCUCUCGAAAGACCUGACUUAGGUACUCCACUGAGGCCUCGAUUCCCUUCCUUUUCCAGGGGCAGCCUUAGUUCCCGUGGCCCUGAAACACACACAGAUUUUCUCCUUCCUUUCCCAGCACCCACUGAACCCCCAAAGCACCUAGUGCAUCCUUAACAAAUGGAAGAACUAGGAUGGCUCUCUCUCUUAGAAAUGAAGUUUUGUUUCUGCACAUCUUUCCCCAUGGAGCAGGAGUGAAGAUGUUUCAUUGCCUUGGAGUUGCAAAACCAUUUCUCUAGGAUGUUCCCCUCCCCUGUGCCCCUUAAGAAUAGGAUUGGCCUUAGCUUUUGGGCCUAUCUGCUGCCUUUCUCUAUUUCCUUCCAGCUCUUUGCUUUCCUUUGUGGUUCAGUUGACUCGGAAAUCUUAGUUUUUAAUUCCCAGCUCUUUUUUUUCUCAUGGUCAGUUUUUUAGUGGGGGAAUAAUCUUUUUCUUUUCUUUUUUUUUUUCUUCUAAAAAGCAUUUGACUCGUCCCCCUUUCUUCCUCUCCCAACAUAACAAUCGUGGUAAUAGAAUGCAACUGCUGAUUUACCGAUGUAUUUAAUGUAAGUAAAAAAAAAAAAAAAAAA